AUGCAUUGGAAGCGGGAGGGGGAAAAAAAAAAAAGGACCGGGACUCACAGGAUAUUACCGGUUUGUGAUGAUGUUAUGGUUUUAUUAUUUUUUUUCUUCACCAAACACGAUUUUUUUUUUUUUUUGUGUGUUUUUGUACUACGAAAACACGGAGGAAGUAUUAUUUUCAUUUGUCCUCACUGGGCUCCACACAUCUAUUCACCUGCUUUUAUUUCACAUAAAUACACAAUGACCGACACGAUGUCCACUGCCACGCAGAGGGAACUUGAGUGCGUUGAGUACCUGAAGCAAAAGAUUUCUCCAACUUUCCUUGACCCUGAAGAUGCGGGGUUUUUGACCGACAACACCUAUCUGCGUUUUGCCCGAGCCCGCAAUGCUCACAAAGAAAAGGCCUUGGCCAUGCUAUCCGCCUGCUUGGACUGGCGGAAGGAGUUUAAGCCGUACAAAAUUACUCACGGCGAUGUGGCGAAUGCGAUGAAGCAGUUUACUAUCACUGCCGCCGGACGCUGCUGCAAGGGGCGUCCAAUUCUCGUCAUGACUCUUGGCGUCCCGAAUGCUUGCGAGGUGGAUGAGCGCGUCAAGCAACUUGUGUACCUCUUGGAGGAGGUCGGGCUGAGGUGCCAUGAAGGCAUUACGUGGAUCAUUGACUUUUCGGAGCUGGGGAAGCAUCCCCGCGAUGCGCGUUCUUCGGAGACGCGGAAGACCACAAUGAAGAUCUUGCAGGACUACUACCCCGAGCUAUUGGGUGCUCUCCUUCUCUAUCGCACGCCGUGGUAUGUGCGUUUUCUUUACAAUGCGGUGAGGCCCUUUAUCGAUAAACGUACCCGAAAGAAGGUGUUUUCCCUGGGUCACGACGAGAAUUUGCUGCUGCAGUGCGUUUCCAGGGAUCAAAUCCCUGAGAGUCUUGGCGGGACAUUCCGCACUGACGCCGGCAAGCCCUUAUGGGAGUAG